AUGAAUGUGUCCGGCAGAGAAACCACCACCACCUCUGUCAGCUUCUUUAUCCUCCUGGGCUUUCCUUCCAGCCCAGAAAUGCAGCUCCUCUACUUUGGGCUCUUCUCAGUAACCUACACCCUCACCCUGAUGGGGAACGCUGCCAUUGCCUGUGCUGUGAGGUGGGACCGACGCCUUCACACACCCAUGUACAUCUUCUUGGGGAAUUUCUCUCUCCUGGAAAUAGGUUAUGUCACCACAACUGUCCCUAAUAUGCUGGCCAAUUUCCUAUCCAGCAGGAAGUCCAUUUCUUUUAUAAGCUGUUUUGCACAGUUCUACUUCUUCUUUUCAUUUGGGUGCGAUGAGGGUUUCUACCUUUGCAUCAUGGCCUUUGACAGGUACCUUGCCAUCUGCCGUCCUCUGCAUUACCCGCGCAUCAUGACUAAACAGCUGUACACUGGUCUUGUCAUCUUGGGAUGGUCGAGUGGUUUCGUGCUCUUUAUAACUCCAGUCAUUCUCAUUUCACGGUUGCCCUUCUGUGGCCCAAAUACCAUUGACCAUUUUAUAUGUGAUCCUGUACCACUGAUGAUGUUAUCCUGCUCUAAAGAUAACAUCACUCAAUUCAUUUAUUCUACUUUCAAUGUUAUUUUCAUGAUUGGUACCUUUCUCUUUGUUCUGUGCUCCUACGCUCUGGUGAUUCUGUCUGUGCUUAGAAUGCCCUCAGCAGCGAGCAAACGCAAAGCUUUCUCUACUUGUGCUUCUCACCUGGCAGUGGUCAUUCUGUUUUUUGGGUCAGUUAUGGUGAUGUAUAUCAGCCCUGGAUCAGGACACCCAGUAAAAACACAAAAAAUUAUUACAUUGUUUUAUUCUGUGAUAACACCUCUCUGUAAUCCUCUAAUAUAUAGCCUCAGAAACAAGGAGAUGAAGGCUGCCCUUAGGAAAAUCUUCAGGAUUGAACAAGGUAUCCACAAAAUAUAA